AGCGGAUACUGUGACCUUUGAUAAACACUGCUUUUUGGUAUCUUUACAUCGAAGGCCAAUGAGACAUAAUUCGUUGCGUGCUUUUGCAACAUGCUGGCUUCCAAAGAGAUUGUUUCGUGGAGCCUAACGAUGUUCCAUAUUGCCGUCGACCGUGUGCGGACCGUCGGAUACAUUCAACCUAGGUCUUAUUUUUGUGAUGGGUCACCAGAUGCAGUGGACUCAGGUUCUGAAUUACAUCCACUUCUGAGGUCGAAUUCGACUUCAGGUUUUGACUCUGCAGAUCCUUCUUCUCGUCGCAUCAUGGGGAAGAGCAAGAUACAGGGCCGCCGACCCCUUCGAAGCUACAUCUGGGAUACCUGGGACAAGCCUCCAGAAGAGCGGCAGUUCUUGGCCAAAUUGGAUGCUUUACUUUUGACAUACGCGGCACUCUCGUAUUUCAGCAAAUAAGUAUCUACUUGGUCAUCCUUAAAGUGCAGAGCCUAACCUCCUUGGAAUUAUACAUAUUUGGAUCAACAGAACGUCACAAAUGCCUAUGUGUCUGGCAUGAAAGACGAGCUCGGAUUGCAUGGGAACCAGUUGAACUAUAUCACAACUGCUUGGACGUGUGGAUAUGUUAUCGGGCAGAUUCCAUCGAAUCUUCUGAUCACUCGUAUCCGUCCGUCGAUAUGGAUCCCUCUCAUGGAAGUAAUCUGGAGCUCACUUACGAUGGUCUUGGCAUCGGCGAAGAACUUUGAGACUCUUAUUGCUGUUCGCUUCUUCGUUGGUUUGGCCGAGUCAACCUUCUACCCCGCAAUCCAGUAUGUCAUUGGAAGUUGGUAUAAAGGUGAUGAACUCGGGAAACGAGCAUGUAUCUUCCAUACGGCUAGCGCUAUUGGACCCAUGUUCAGCGGAUUUCUGCAGGCAGGGGCUUAUAAUGGCCUCAAUGGCAUACAUGGGCUAUCCGGGUGGAGAUGGCUCUUCAUCAUCGACGGGAUUAUCACACUGCCUAUAGCACUUUUGGGUUUCUUCAUCAUGCCUGAUUUGCCAUCAACCACUAAACCGUCAAUCUUCUACACUCAGAGACAGAUCGACAUAGCGAAUAGGCGAAUGGCAGAGGUCGGUCGCAAACCGCCAGCGAAGUUCACGAGAGAAAAGGUUAUCGGAUUCUUCAAAACCUGGCACAUCUACCUCCUUGUCCCACUAUACAUUCUGUUCAAUAACUCCGGCGGCCCAGCCACAUCUAUGAUUUUCUGGCUCCAAAGUUUCAACACUUCUGGUAACCAGGUUUACACUGUUGGACAAAUCAACACAUACCCUCUCGGUAUACAAGGAAUGCAGAUCGUGACCACUCUUAUAUGGGCGUGGUGGUCCGACGGAGUCGGUGCUCGCUGGCCUCCGAUAGUUCUCGCAGGCCUAUGGCAAACUACAAACUGUAUCGUUCUCGCUGCGAGUCCUUUGUAUGAGCAUAUUGCACGACGCUGGACGUUCUAUUAUUUUACUGCUGUCCAAGGCGGUUUAUCCGGUCUGAUCCUCGCGUGGGCAAAUGAGUUGAAUAGCCACGACAACGAAAAACGUUCGUUUAUCGUAGCUUGCUGUAAUACGUUUGCGUACGUAUUCCAGGCCUGGCUGCCUAUCGUUAUAUUCCCUCAAGUAGAACAACCUAAGGUUCUGAAAGGGAAUAUUACAACGGCGUGCCUCUCGUUUGCCAUGGUCUGCGUAGCUCUCGCUACCUUGGUCCUUCAACGUCGCGACGAACGUAAAGCAAGGGCUCUGAGACCAGAGACCCCAGAUAGCUCGAUUUCGGUGGAAAGUCUUGAUGAUGCAGUAAAGAAGCCUCCUCCUGCCGUCGAAGAGGAAGUUGGUAGAUUAUAAAAUUGACGUUGAUUAACCCGAAUAGCGAUAACGAAUUGUAAC